CUGAAAGUAUCUAGUUACAAAUUGCUAGAAACAUGAACCAAUAUCCUAUUUAACUUCCUCUGAGCAGAAAGGGCCAUUGAUGUAGUUUUGCAGGAUUGCACUGCUUGUGCAAUGACCAGUUGCACAAGCUGUGAUCUUCUACAACCCGUCCUUCCCUCGUGCAACGGCAGCACGUACACAAGUGGCAUGUGAUCCCACAUUACUACACAGAAGGGACUUUCCACUCAGCAAAAUCGCAGUAGGAUCCUUGCCUCGUUGUUGAUUCUGUUUUCCAAAAAUGAAAAUGGUAUUUUAACUGGCAGAGAGAUGGGGAGAAAUGGCCUUUUUGGACCUCAGGUGGCAGAGCCUCCCAGCAAGCACAGCCAGUGGCCUAAAAUUGCAGGAGGAAGCAUUAUGGAUGAUGCUUGGUGUCCUUGUGAAAGCUGGAAUCAAGAUGACGACAGCUAUGCCAAUAACCGAGGGUGCCUUAUCUUAUACCAAUGGGACCACAAAGUCUCAAGAACAAAUUCUUUAUCAGAGUUCUGGAGCAAUUAUAGCAGCCAUUGUUGUGGGUGUCAUAAUUAUAUUCACGGUGGUUCUGCUCUUGCUGAAAAUGUAUAACAGGCGCAUGAGGGCAAAGCGAGAGCUGGAACCGAAGAACGCUAAAACCACCGUCCCCUCGAUUUUAGGACAGAGCCCCAACAGCCCCAACGCACAAGGACGCCACACGACAGUGACGUUUGUCCCUGUGGACGUUCAUGUGCCCAACAGAAGACCGUGAGGUGCAAGCUUCUCCAAGAAGGACGACCAAGAAGAAAACGUGAGCCUCCCGGUCUCGUGGGGGCCCAGACUCAUCAACAGAGAAGAAGAACGGACUGCGAUGGGUCUCGUUGCCUGCGGCCCACUUUCUGUGGCCGGUCAGCUACGUUUCUCUCUCUUCCUUUUAGAAGGGAAAAAACGGGGCUUCUUGGUUUAACCAAGGUGAUCUAGUCGGGAACAUGUUACGGCUUUGUUUAGAAAACCAGGGGUGUGAAGGGGCUGCCAAGCUGCCGGUUUGUUGGACAGAAACUUCCUCGCUUCUCCAGUCGCUGCUCGGCUCUCGUGUAUCUGAAAGGCCGUGGAUGAGAACGGUUCAUUGUUGCGUGGGGGAUUUGGAAGCUGUUUUGUCUAAUUCGUUAGUACCUGAUUCUUGUCCUCUUACGCUCUUCAGAUUCCACUCCUGUUCCACUCCGGAAGCAUCCUGCGUCAUGAUGUUUUUUUUAAAAGCCAUCAUCUGUUUGGAAGGCCUCCGCUGUUGCCUAGUCAGGGGAGAGCCGUGACGAUCAGAGCAAGCAAGGAGCGCCUGCUUGCAAAAGCCAUAGUCAAAGGGCCUGCCCUUAGGCAGAAUGAGACAUUGCCUCAGGUGGCAGAUAUUAGGGGGCGGUUGCUUCACUAGUGGGUUACGAACAUUUAAUGUUUUCAUUUGAUUGUGUAAUCCUGCACCACUGUUUUGGGAAAAAAAUAUGGAUCAGUUUACAAUUUAACAUUGGUCUUGACUGUGAAUAUCCACAGAAGAUUGCUAUCUCACUAACCCAACAUUUAAAACAAACAGAAGACAAAAAUGAGUGAAUGGAGUCUGAAAUGACAAGUUAUUUGGGUUUAACGGCUAUCUCACCUGGGCGUUAAUAAUGCAGGUAACCAAAUUUAAAUGGUAUUUUACAGUCCUUGUGACUGAUCCUUCACGAGAUGUCUUGUAUCACAAUAUCUAUUAAGUUGGCAGUUUGCUUGUGAAAUCUUGACAUGCAAGAAACUAUUUAUUUAUUUGGAGAGGUGUUUUUUUUUCUUAAAUAAAGAAAUAGGAUGAUUUUUUAAAAUGCAAGACAGCAAAGAACAGCUAGGAUACUAUGGAACCAGGUGGGCUUUGUGAAUAUUCCUACUUUUCUGUAACUUGAAUAAAAUAGGGUUUUUUCCCCCUAAUAAAUAAUGUCUGCCUCAAAAAAGGCACAUUGCAUUUUCGUUUUCAGAUCUUGACAGUGAAGUGCAACACUCUGCAAGAUUUCGUAUGAACUCCCAGGAAAACUAUCAGGUAGCUGAUAAAAUUGCAAAACAGCGUGGAAGGACACGGACAUAGGGGGGCACCUGC